AAGAUUCUAUCGAACAAUUAUACGCUUUUUUCUACAAACCACACCCAAAACAUACCGUCAACGACGGAUGGAGCGUAUACGAUCCUCUAAGGGAAUUCGAGCGGAUGGGAGUAACAAAGAAUGAUGCAUGGCGAUUUUCCACUGUCAACAGAAAUUAUAGUCUUUGUCCGUCUUAUCCAAGAAUCCUAGUAGUACCGUCGAAAAUAAGCGAUGCCGUUCUCACCCACGCACAAAAGUUUCGCAGCAAAGGUCGGAUUCCAACAUUGAGUUAUUUACACUGGGCGAAUCAG